CGCGAGAAUAGUGUCCUGCACUAAGUAUUAUAUUUAACACCGUGAACCAGUGUAGACGUGCAUGUAGGUACUGGCUGGCUAACCGAUCAAAUGACAUCCAGUGUGUUGUGCGAUUUAUCCAGUCGAUAAAAUUCAUCACUAUAUUAAAAUAUGAUGCACGUUAUUAUGAAUCGGAGAUACGGCAUCGAUAAGUUGCUUUUACUAAUAUUUAUCGUUUUGGAUUUUCACGUUUUAGCCAGUGUAGCGGACGAUGAUCGAAUACAGAAUGUUACUGUUUCGCUGUAUUCACAUAAUAAAACCGGUAAGAUCUACGCAAAUCCAUGAUAUGAACGCGUAAUUCAACGUAUUAUCAUUUCUAAUGAUUUAUUAUCGAGUCCGGAUUUUCUUAUAAAAUAUCCUAAAUUUAAUGCUUAAGUUGCUAAUAGUAUUAGAUUCUCGGCGGAGCGAGGAAUAUUUUGGUUUUACAAUGAUGUGUGCUCCUUUUUUUUAUACGUCUGUGAGCAACUAUUAUAACAGAAAUCUUGUUUUUCGUCAAAAAUGAACAAAUACCUCUUUUUUUGCAAUUUGGAUCUAGUUAGUGCGUUGAGGAGGUCUUUUUUAAUUUUCCAAGUAGUUUUGCAUAAUAAUUGGCAAAAACCGGAAAAAACUAUCGAAAAAGUGGACAAAUAUUGACAAUUUAACAAAAGGUUCAUUAUAAGUUGUACUUAGUGGUAAAAAAAAAAAGUAGGGUGGUAUGUUUUAUUUUUAUUUUUUGAUAAUGGUUUUAAGAUCAAAUUUUAUUGAAAAUCGUAAAUAUUUACGAUCUUUCAAAUCAUAUAUAAACGAACACAGUUUACAAUGCAAAUAAUAGUGAGGUAUAUUAUAUAAAAUAUAUUAUAUUAGAUACCUAUUAUAUUAUUAUAAUAGAUUGAAUUUUAAUUUCCAUAUAACUUACAUGUCAUUUACUAAUAAAUUACCUACAAGUUAAUAUUUGCUAGUAAAUAUUUAACAGUAUUGGAAAUCUAUUUAUUAUUAUUUUGUUGAUACAUUUGAGUUACCAUUUCAGUUGUUUUAAAGGGUGGGCAAACAAUUUAAGAAGCCAAUUUUUUCCCACCAUCAGGUCAAUUGUUAAAAAAACUUUUCCUAUAUUUUUACCAUAGAAUUUUUCUAGAAAAAAUAUACUCAUCAGUUCAUCUUUCAUGUAUAAAUUAAUAUCUAAUUAUUCAGCUUUUAUUAUUUUAAAUUUUUUAUACACUACUUAUUUUUUGUACGCACAAAUUUGAUUAAUAUUUACCUAUAUUAUAAAACUGAUAAACACUAAAAUUUAUAAUUUGGAUAUCUCGCUUCGCUCAGAAUCCAAAAUGAACAAAUGGUUAGACAAUUCUGUCGCAUCGAUACUGAUUUGUGACUACCAGCUGAAUAGAUAUAGAAUAUCACAUCAUGGGCGUCCCAAGGGAGGGCAGGACGGUGCACUUGCCCCCUUAGAAUUUUAAAAUUUGUUUAUCUUGACAUAAUUUAAGUACACACACAUAAUGGCAAUAAAUUAUUAGCCGGUACACGGUAAUAUAUAUUUUGCAAUCCGCUCCUAGAAAAAUGUCUGGGGACGCCCAUGUAUCACGUAAUUUUUUUUUUUAUUUUCAAUUCUUAUUCAUUUUAUUUUUGUCUUGCACAAGUUAUUAUUAAUAUAUUAUUAUUUAUUGUUUUUAGACAUUUUUGACAUCACUACGAUUUACAGAAUUACAAGUAUGGAUGUUUACAACGACAGUAAUGGUUUGUUCAAUAUUAUAUGUUUUGUGUAUUCGCGUGUUAUACUGACAAAUAUUUAUGUUUAAAAGCAGGAUGAAGCAGUUAAAAAAAAAAAAACAUGUAAAAAACCAAAAAAAAACGACCCAAAAGCUAGACAAAAGUGUGAGGCUAGAAAUUAGCGGAUUUGAAUUUUAAAACAGAUUUAAUUUUUAUAUUCUAAUUUUCUAGAUAUCGGUUGAUAUCUUGAUUUUUGGUAUUCGAAAAAUCGAAUAUGUAGUUUGACACACUAAUUAUGACAGUUAUUGUGCAAUAUAUGUUAUUUAACUAUCAAUAUUUUAACGAUAAAGCUAAAUUUUAAAGGAUACAUCUUGAAACUUAUAAAACUGGAAGAAAAGUAUAAAUUUGUUUUCAAAAUUAGAAUCCGUCAAUCCUAUGCCACAUAAUUUUGUCUGGCUUAUAGUAGUCUAAAACGUGAUAUUUGUCUGUAAAAAUAACUGUAUAUCUUCCUUUUAAAUGGGUAUCGAGCAGCAUAUUAGCGGAAAAGUAUUAUCAUUAAGGUCAUCCAAAGAUAAAAAGUCUAAUAAUAUUUAAAUUUAACACAAAUUACAAAAAAAAAAGAGCUGAUACUGGGGAUGGGAGCGGCCACUGUUGUAGGUGAGAAGUUUGGAAGGUAGGAUACAUAAGGUUAUUUAAUUUAUAUCUGUAAGUAACGAUAAACCGUUAUUUGACGAAAGACGAUUCCGAGCGCACUUUAGUAAUACAUAAUUUAAAGUGCCGUAAUUUUUUGUACGGUUUUCGUUUAAAUUUGAUUUCAAAACGAUUAUUAAAAAAAAAAAUGUCAUCCGAUGAUUUUUGAGAAUUUUACUAUAUUUAGGUAAGUCCAAUAUAAGUUGUAUAACCAAGUUUCAAGUUUUUAGUGUAUUUAUAACCAAAUUAUAGCAAAAAAAAAUUCUAAAAUAUCAAAAGUUUUGGCAAUGAUACCGUAAAAGAGUAAAUCAAAAAGGCAACAAAAAAGGUGUUUUGUGAUUUUUCGAUUAAAUCAUUUUUUCUAGUAGAAAACGUCGUCCGUGUUUUUAUGAAAUAAUGAAAUCGUGAAAUUGUACAUUUUUCUACGUGUUUUCCCAAUUAAGUGCUUUUAUUUAAAAAUGGCUUCGAAAAUCAAAAAAUGACCAGUGUAAAGUACCAUCUAGGAAAAAACGUGUCGACAGUCUAGAACAAAAAAAAAAAUAAAAUAAACAUUUUGGUAAAACCAACGCUAGGAAUUUAAAAUUAAAAACAAAAUUUAUCAAUUAACAAUUAAGUUUACAAGAAAAAAAAUUCAAUGAGACCUAAAGGAAAAUUCUACAAGAGUAUGGAGAGAGCGCCAAAUUUGUAUUAGAGUAUUGGGUGAUAAGACAGAAAAAUAGUACAGAUAAGUGUAACAAAGAUGAACACGUUUAGGUAGAUGAGUGAAAUGAUGAGCAUUUAUCAUAAGUAAAGGAAAGACUAUGUACAUAAGAGGUAUCUUAGACAUGAAUUAGAUCGUAAGCAAAGCUGAAGAAAAUAUACCUGAGAUGGUUUGGGGAUAUCGUGAAGAGAGAGGAAUCAAAAGCAGUAAGAAUUGCAAUAAAAAUAAACAUAAGAGGAAAGAGGGGAAAGGAAAAAUCAUAAGGAGGUAAUUGGAUGCGAUUUAAAAUGAUAUGAGGAGAUAGAUGGGUAUAUACGAAGACGAUGAAUGGAAUCGAGUGAAGUAAAAGUUUAGGACGAGGGUGGCUGACCCCAAAUAGGAUGAAGGCGAAGGAGAAGAAUUUUACAACUCGAUUAUUUUUAUAAUUUUUGCAUUGUAGAAUAUUAUUUACAAUUCUUUACAAUUAUUUAUAAUUCUCUACAAAUCUAUUGUUUAUAAAUUUGUAAAUAUUUAAACAUGCUUAUUGUUUUUAUUAGUUGGAUUCGCAGAUGUAGAUUUUUUAACUCGGCAUGAUGGACGUUAUCAAAUUGAAAUACAUUCAAGAACAAAUGCCAUCGCGAUGCCUAUAAACUUACGCAGUAAUAAAGAUUACCUAGCGAACAAUAUUUUGAAAAUAAAUAUUCCAGAACUUUACGAUGACAGGUUUAUGCCCGAUAACAAUUGUGUAAACGUUACUUUUGAAGAACCAGGGAGUUGGAAAAAAAUUAAAAUCGAAUCAACAGGUAAAUAUUACAUUAAAAUAUGUUCAUAAAUUGGUAUUUUUAAAAUAAAAUUAUAAUUCUCCAAUAUAAUAAAUAAUGCAUUACUUUGAAAUACGGCUAAUAAAUAUAAUUUUAUUUGUAAUCUUGUUAUAGGAAAGACAUGUGAUACCGAUGAGUACUAUAGCCCUAGUACUAAAGGACCAAAAUUUGAUAUAGGUAAUAAUUAUGACUUUGUCUAAUAAUAAUAAAAUACUUAAAAAGAUAUAGACAUAUUUCACACAAUGAGUAGACCACUGUUGUAGGUGAGAAGUUAGGAUAUAGAGAGGAAUUUAAUCUAUAUCUGUAUGCAAUGAUUCAUUUUUGCUCACGGAAAAUGAUUCUGAGCGGAUUUCGGUUAUAUAUGUUUUGAAAAUCCGUAAUAUUUACGAUUUUCAUUAAAAUUUGAUUUUAAGAAUUUAAUACAAAAAAUAAACAUAAUACAUUACACUUAAUUUUUUUUGUUAGCCCCAAAGUACGACUUAUAAUAUAAAUCCCCAGCUAAAUUGUUAAGUAUUAUUUUUUUGGUCUAACAAUGUUAUCCACAGAAUAUCUACCGAAUGAAAAUUACAUAAAAGUCUCACAAAAUUUAAAUGUUUAUAAAUAGUUCAAAAAUAGAUAAAAUGUUUUGAAAAUUUUAUCAAGUCUAGAACAGGUAAAAACUAAUUUUCUGCCCAAAUUUCAAUUUUCUACAAAUCUGUUUAACUAAAUCAAAACAAAGCCGUUUGUGUCCCAUUUUUUCCUAUUUGUGAUGAAAUCAGCUGGGAAAAUCUAAAAAUAACCUCUCAGAAAAAGUGCUACACUUAAAAAUUGGAGAAAAAUUUCUGGUAGAAAAGUUGUUCACAGAACAAAAAAAAAAAAUAGCAAAUAAUAAACAUCAUUGUAAAUCCAAUACAUUCCUCGUCCGCUCAAAAUAUAAAAUAUAAAGAUUGUAUGCAUAAAUGUAUUUCUGUUUACCUAUUUUAUUAAAACUAUGAAACAUGGGUCAUAAAUGGUAAGAAAAAAGACCGACAUAUUUUGCACGUGAGUGGACGAUUGUUGUAGGUAGGAAGUUGGGGAGGUGGUAGAGGGGAAAUUUAAUGUAAACCUGUACGCAACGAUUAACCAUUACUAACGAAAAACGAUUCUGCGCGUUAUUCGGUUGAUAGUGUUGCUUUGUCAACAAUAUAUAUUACAUAUAUAAUUCUCGUGCACGUGUUUGUGGUCGCAAUCCUCCAAAACGGCUUGACCGAUUUUCAUGAAAUUUUUCGUGUAUUUUUGGUAGGUUUGAGAAUAGAUCAUAAAGUAUUUUUCAGCCUCCUGCUCCCACCCACUAUUUUUUAAUCGCGAUUUUAGUAUUUUCAUUUAUAUAUAGAUAUAUACACGAGCAACACCAAAUAAUUUAUCUUAUAAUAUAAUAAAUAUAAUUUGUUUGUUGAUUUGUGUUACCCUGGUACCAGGAAUGAAAAAAAUGGUAGUUAAUUAUUAUAAGAAAUUAGUCGAAAAAUAUCAUGUGAUCAUCAAAAUCAGUCCAGUCGUUCUUGAGUUAUAAAUGGUGUAACUAUCCCAACUUUGUUUUAUUUAUGUAAGAUUUUUGUUUAUUCAAAGGUUGCCACGGAACAAAGAAAAACUAUUUUAAUUAUUAUUAUUACUAUUAUUUACAAUAUAACACACUGUCCACCUAUUUGUUUUCAUUCAAUCUUAACACGGCCAAAACCAAAAAUGAAUAUGGGUAAAAUAAUAAUACUACAAAUUUUUACGGGCAACGCCGGGCGCGGGACAGCUAGUAUAUAUAUAAAAUAGUAAAAUAAUUACAUUAUAUUAUACACGUAUUUUUUUAAUAAUAUUUAUUUAAUAUUGUACCUUUUUUUCCGUUUUUUCUCCCUAAAUUACCCCCUCAGAAAGAAUACUUUCAUUGUGAAUUGGUGCAAAGUUGCUGGUAGAAAAAUUGUUCACAGAAAAAAAUUAAAUAAAAUAAACAUCGUUGUGAAACAGUUUAUGUUUAAUUUUUUUUUUAUUUCCAGAAAACAUUAAUACAGCUUGCUACGAUGCUCUAGAUUAUAUAUACGGUAACCAACUAUAUUAUAACGGAAAUCAGACAUUUUUCACUGUACAUUGGGUGCCAAAGAAAAAACAAACAUGUGUAGCAAUUACUUAUUUGCAUAGGUUGAAAUCUGAUAUGGAAAUUAUCAUUAGUAUAUUAUUUAAUGUGAACAAUACGUUAAUAACUUCUCAUAAGUUGGAAAAAGAAGUGAGUAUUGACAUAAUUUACCAUACUUAUACACGUCAUGUUGCCAUAGUCUGCUAUUCAAUAAUUAAUGUUAUUCAUUGAAUUCCUUUAUUUUUUAUUUUUUUAACUAACACCUUGGAUUUUUGUUUGUUUAUAACUAGGAUGUUAUAAAAACGUUGAUAAUUAGUAAUAUGACUCUUGUACAAGAUCAAACGUAUGAAAUAACUUUAAAACGAACAUUUGGUUCCAUGCGCAAUUAUUACGGACUAAAUUCAUAUUAUGGAAAUUGGUUCGGACUUUUACAUAUUAAUGAAUGCACCGAGAAUAUAGGUAAUACUAAUUUUAAAAAUAUUAUUAUGAUUAUAAUAAGACUGCUGAGCUCAUUGACACAUUUUUAAAUUUAUCAUGUUCCGAAGAAGUGCCAAUAUUAAGUAUAACUUAAUCAGAUUAGGUAUAUGAGAAAACUAAUACAUGAUUUUAUGUGACAUAAUGGGUAUACCUAUACAUAUUUCAAAUGCAAAUCAUAAAAAUUUAAUUAUAAUCGAUUAAUUGUUUAACUUAGUAUACGCAUAAUUGCUAUUUUCGAUUUUACUCUAAUCCGAUUCCUAUUAUUGUUAUUUUGUAAUGAAAAUAUAAACAAUUUUAUGAAUAUAAUAUAAAAAACCAUUAUUGACUUAAUAAAACCCAUGUAAACAUAAUUAUAAAAAUUAUAAAAAUAUAUGGAUAUAAACAUUAAAUUUAAAUCAAAUCGUCUCAUAUAAAAUGAAAUAUUGAUAUAUUGUAAUACUUUCUAUAAUUAGAUAUGUAUAGUACCUUGUAGUAUUAUUUUCAUUUAUUUUGCAGACGAAGAAAUUAAAACUGUUUCUUUGAAAGAAAAUGGUAAACGCCCAAAGGCCUUCGGAGUUCUUCGUAAUGGUAAUAUUAGUACAACUUAUCAGUUUGUUUAUAAAUAUAAAUCGUUUAGCUACCUUAUGAGUGAAACGCAUUUAAAGAGCAUCCUAUAAAAUGUUUGUAGUUUAUCAUUGAGGAAAAAGGAGUUAGUAGGAUGCGGUACAUAAAAAACAAACAAAUUAAAAACAACCGAUAAAAUUUAGUUGGCAAUUUAGACUCCGAAAUCCGGAUUUUCGGAAUCCGUAGUCAACCGAAAAUUAUUACUGUAUAGAUUUUUUGUCUGUGAAAGGGUCUAAUAGGGUAAAACACCCUAUUAGAAACUUCAAGAAAACUUAUACUUUUUUUAAAAAUAAAUUGUAUCUUUCAUGCGUCGUUUUUAUGAUACUUAACUAAAUAUAAUAUUUUGUAACAGAAGCAGCAUGGUUCGAAACGGUAAAUUCUACACAGGUUAACUCAACCAUUUGUUUAAACGGAGGAUACGAGCUAUUCAAUGAAACGCCUAUAUGUGUUUGUCCUCCUGGAUUUACAGGGAAAUUUUGUGAAAAAGGUAAUUCAAUUAUCAAACCAUGUGACAAUUUUUUAUGCUUCUCUAAUUCAUUUGGAAUUUACAUAACUAUGCCAUACGAUAAUAAUAUUCUUGUAAAUAUAUAACGUCAAACCUUAGUUUUGAAUAUGAUUAUACACAUAAAAAUAUAUAUCAGGAUGCGGAGCAAAUUUGUAUGGAGCCGACUGUAAAGGUAUUUGUUCCAUGCACCCGAGUAAAAUGUGCCGUGGCAUUUUUAUGUGCACACAAUAUUAUGGAUGCACGUGCCCAGCAGGAUUAACCGGUCCGUUAUGUAAUAAAGGUAAAUGACCGUAUAUAAACUGUACGGUGUUUCCGAAUUGCGCACGGAAAAUAUAAUAUAGGUCGAGUUGCGUGCGCGAUUUUUUUUUUUUUAAAUUUUAGAUUUUGCAAAAAAACUUUUCACUUGGAAAUAAUCUCAUUUUUUGAUUUUACGAUUUAAAAUUUAAAACAGUUUAAGAAUAUUUACGUAGACCAAGAGAUUAAAUUUUUAAAUGAAUACAAUUUACACAUUAUUUCUGUGCGUGUUCAUCUCUCAAUAUUGUUAUUUAAAAAUUUACUGUCAUAAAAAAAACCGCACGCGCAAUUAGGUUGCGACCAACAUCGCCUUUUUUUUUUUUUUUUGGCAUGCAAUUCGAAUGCAUCAAAACUUUAUAAUAGGUAUAACAUUAAUAUUUGUUUAGACUGCGAAUCGGGAACAUACGGUGCUAAUUGUGCAAAUAACUGCUCAUCGAACUGCCGGAACAAUGUAUGCGAUCGAUAUACGGGAAUGUGUUCUCAAGGAUGUUCAUCAGGAUACGUUCUGCCGUAUUGUUUAGAAAGUAAAAUAUAUUUUUUGAGAUCUUAACUGCAGAGAAUAUCGAAGCCUUACAAAGAUGUUUAUUUUACGCAUAAAACACUUAUUUAGUUAGUAAGAAUUCUCCGAAUUCUUUAUAUUGUAUAUUAAUAGAUGCGAACUUUUUCCUCGAUGACGCUUUAUUUGAAAAGUUUUUCUAAAUAAAAAAUUGAUUUUCUACACAUUUUUAAAAAACUAACAACAAAUGGCAAUGCAGUGGUUUCAUUUUAAUAUUUCUAGGUUAACUUGAUUCCACGGGGAAAAAGCAUGCCUUAUACUAUAACCUUAUAGAUUCACUCAGAAUCUUUUUUUGAUUACAAUGAUUUUUCGUAGCAAUUAGUGUAUUAAAUAAAUUAUCCUAUAUUCUAUGCCUACCAAAUAUACAACUUACAGCAAUGGACUAUCGACUUAUGGUGCGAACUGUGAAGUAUAUUUUGCCUUUUUUUUAUUUUAAAAUUGUUUAUUUUAUAUUAUUUUAAAAUUGUACUCAUUUCAUUAUGCUCGCCAUUAUUACAACAAAAACUAUUCUGGGCUUGAAUUGUUAUUAUUUUAUUUAGGUACUUACAAAUUAAAUGUUUAAUCAUUGCAUUUAAAAAACUUUCCUAAGAUAACGGGAACGGGUGCAGUCAUUGUUGUAAGUGUGAAGUUGAGAAUGUAGGAUACAGACGGGAAUUUAAUGUACAUCUUUAAGCAAAAAUAUUAACCAUUGCUAACGAAAAAACGAUUCUGAGUGGAAUUCUGUUGAUAGUGUUGUUUAAUAUUGUACCUAUUUACUCAUUCUCCCGUUCUUCUUCCGUUUUUUUCGGUUUUUCCAGUAUAUUGAGAAAACUUUUGAAAAAUCAAAAAAUUACCUCCUUAAAAUACCUCCCCAGUUAAAUUACCUUUCGGAAAAAAUGCUACUUUUGUAAAUCAGAACAAUAUUUCUGGUAGAAAAGAUAAAAAAGAAAUAAACAUCAUUGUAAAACCAUAAACCUUUUCACCCACUCAUAUAAAAACUUAAUUAAAUUGUACAACAAUUAGUGAGCCAUAUGUCUGCAGUAUUUUAAAUUAUUAUAAAUGAAUUAGUGCAUAUAUGUUGCAGAAUUAUUAUAGUCAUGUAGGUGAUGCUAAUUUAAAUAAUCAAUAUUACGCUCUCCGUACCGUAUUUACCUAAUUAGGUUUUUUAAUGUCCAGAAAUUCUGUUCAACUUCUUGUAUCUCAACCGAUUUUGUGUGUAAUGAUUUUUUUUUAAAUCUUAGAAAAGUAACUAACAAAUUCCGAGUAUAUUAGGGUACAUAAUACAGUUCGGAAUAUAUUAAUUGAUGUAAUAUAAAAAAAAUGUAACACUUGCAAUUUUUCAUAUACUAAAAAAAAUAUAUAUAUAUUAAAUAAUUGUUCAUACAAUAUAAAUAAUUUUAAGUUUUGUACUUUAUUAUUUUUUGCACUAUGUUUAGAAUAUCCAUAUCUUGUUAAGCCGCCCACACUGCUUUCCAGCAAAUACGAAGAACUAGAAAUUAGUAUAAAUUUUCAAUCGGACAAUGUUAAAGGCGGAGAUGGCAUUACGAAACUCAAAUAUUAUCAAAUAGUUUACACAGUAAAUAUAAAUAUUCGUAAUUUGUAUUUUGAAACAUAAUUACUUGCCGUAAUUUCAGAUAUUUAAUUAUAAGUGUAGUAAACUUAAUAAAAGGACAGAUUUAAUUUUACUAAAUGUAGAACAUUGAUUUUUCAAUUCUGUAGAAAGAGCUAAUAAUUAUUAUAUAAGAGACCGUCACAGUUUAAUUUUCGGUAGCUAUUUAUUUUUCUAAACGGCUAUGUAACAAAAGUAUAUACACGUAAAAUAAACGAAUAUGGCUUUAAACUGGUUUUAAAGAUAAAACACGUUAUUCAAUUUGUAGACGGCAUCAUUUGAAAGACAACCUCUUUAAAUAUUCGACUCAUUAUCAAAGGUAUAAAAAAUCAUAAUAUUUAGAGGUUUUUUUUUUUAAUAACUUCUUAUAAUUUAUAUUUUAAAAAAACGCCGAAGUUGUCUUCAAAAUAUUGCCAUCAACAAAUUAUAUAAUAGGUGUUCUAAAACCAAAUUUAAAAUCAUUAUUAAUAAAAUAAAUUAAUAUUUAAUUUGAUCAGUUUAAUUAAUUAAUUAUAAUAUAUCUAUUUUAAAGACAGGAGAUUUGAGUCGCGUUAUGACAUUCAGGUCUAAUUUCAAAUUGAUUACCGACAAUAACAAUGAAACUUCCGAAGUGUUAAGCGAUUUAAAAGCAGAUACUGAAUAUACAGUAGGUGUUCUAUUAAUAACUGCUGAUGGAAAUUUCAACGCUCAAGAUAUGGUGUACGGAAAAUAUAAGACAUCCUGUAUUCGUAAGUCUUUUCGAUAAAUCAUUUGUAGCAGAAUAGAAAUUAAGGUUAGUAUAAGCAGGACCAUUGCUAGGGUACAAGCAAGUCAUACGUUGCUUUACAGUGGCGUACAGUUUUAAAGAAAUUGAAGCGGCAAAAUGAAAUUAAUUAUCCUAAAAAGAGAACUAUACAAUUUUCGUUUUAGGACUGAGAAUAAUUUACUACGGGCUGGGUAUAAUGUGAUAAUAUUUGUAUGUAAGAUGUUUAACGUGAGCGCGCGGUGAUCUAUCCAUCGAUAGGAUGACUUACGGCAGUAAUGUCACAAUACGUAAUCAGCCGGAUGCGAAUGAUGUAAGUAUGUGAUUGAAUAAACUAGCAACGUUAUACGUUGUAAGAUUAUUACAGUGUGUGUGAAAAUGAGUUUUUGUGUGUGUUUGUGACCGUACGAUUUGAUUGUGAUAUAAUAUGUAUGCAUAUAUUAUUGUGUCGAUAUAAACACGUAUUAUAUGUAUUACCGACGACUAUUAGCUAUCGUAAACAAUUAUUAUUUUUUUAUGCCGAUUUAUUCUCAUUAAUAUCUUAUUACGAAAAUAUGAUAAGUAUCACUUACCUAAUUACCUUAAAGAUCUGCUUGAAGUUCGCAAGUAGAUCGUUGCUCAAGAUAUAUGGAACAAGAUAUAAAAAGGGAUUUAGUUAUCGAUAAAUCGUUGGAAUUUGUAUGCUUCGUUAGAUAAUCAAAGAUACGUUAAUAUCCUAUGCUAAAGUUAAACUCUUAUCACGGCAACCGAAUGUUUAGCCUAACUAUACAAUUAUAUGUCAUUCUGCUCCUAUUCAGGCGUAUGGAUAAUCAAUAAGUGAUCACAAACAACCGUAUUUUAUGUUUAUGUUCGAGCCAGUCGGAAGUAAUAUGUGCCAUGUAUAAAAAAAACAAAAUGGCAAUUAAUACAACUAAUAGUUAUUAAAGGUGAGGGACUGAAGAAUAACGAAAUACAACAGUUCGCCUAUAACGGUAUCUGCAACUGUUGUAUUGGUUUUGAAGAAUUUAGGUAUGUUGAGAGUGAGCGAGCAAAAUGUAAAUGCUUCUGCUAAACGAACCCAAAGAAGUAAAGAAAUUAGUGAUACGUUUAUGUCCUCCAUGAUCUACCACAUUAACGACGCCCACUUAAUAGUCACAAUAGCUUAAAAUAGGGUGCCUCUUUGUGGGUGACGCGUGUAGUUAAUAUUGUGAAUUAAGGUGUAGUGCACUUUGGUGGCUACACUGAUAUUAUUAACGAUGGAACAGGUAAUUUGUACAGUAUCACCUUAAUCGUAUUUUUUAUAAUUACAACUUUACAUAUUAUAGUUACUAAGUUGAGAAGAGCGGUGCUUGUUAAAAUGUUGACACAUUAAAUUUUUCUAGUUUUCCUUUUAUUAUUAUAAUAAUAUUUAUGUUUGCCUGUUUUUAAAGUAAGUUCUUAGGUACAUUUUUAUAGUUAAAAAGUAAGACAACUUUAAUUUUUUAUACCUACUAAAAAUAAAACUUUUUAGUCACUAUGAAAAUAUCACGAAAUAUAUUCGUUGGUGGAGUAAAUUGUUAUGAUAUACAUUUCAAAUUAUUAUUGUUUAAAAAAAAAAUUAUAAGAAAAAAGUCAAACUAUAUUUCAUAAUAAUAAAUAUCUAUACCGAGACAUAAAUCAAAAUAAACUUUACAGGUACUUAUGUCCUAUUAUAUUCCUAUACAACAAAUACAAUUUUAAUAAAAUAAAAAUGUCUUGUCAUUCAUAAGUCUUUUUCUAUUAAAUAUAAAAAUAAUAAUAAAUUAAUAUAAUUUAUAAUAAAUACCUAUAUCAAGGUAUAAAACAAAAUAUAUUGUAAUAAAUAUUGUACAUUAAUAUCUAUUAUAUUCUAUUAGUAAACGAAAAUAGCACUAGUAAACUAUAACAACUUGCCUUUUUUUCGUACCAAAUUUAUUUAUUGGAAAAGUAAUUGAAACUGCUAAGUUCUACUCGUAUUACCAGAAUCACUCAAUGUAGAAUAUAAUGUAAUGAUGUAUAAUAAUUUUGUCUUAUAUUGGUUCGUUGUAAUUAAGAAAGAAAUCUACCAAAUAAUUUACUUUUUAUAAGAAUAAACAGAAAAUGAUCCAUUAUUCUUUACACUGAUAAAAUAUACAGAAUAUUAUAACAAAACACAUGGCAAUAAUGAAAAUUAAAUUAGUUUUUUCAGCCUCCACAGUGUUCCAUAAAUAAAAGUACCUACAAAAUAUUUCUACUGUAACAAUUAACCCGCAUAACAAUUACCCCGCAUUCCCUUAUGUUUAAAUUUAACUAAAAAUUACGAAAACUCAAACAUUGAUAUUUACUUGUCAUUUAUCUAAAAAGUGUUUUUAAUUUUUUUUUAAGAACCUCAAAACACAAAUUAUCAUAUUAAAUUGAUAACUGAACAAAAAAGCGUCAAAAUAUUAUGGAAUCAAGUAAGUCAACAAAUUAUGUAUAUUUUUAUAUCAAUUAAAAUAUAACAUUUAGAUUUGAUAUAAUUAGAUAUAUAUUACAUACCUAUGUGUAAUAUAAUUAUGAAUGAUCAUUCAAAUAUAAUAUUCUAUAGGUGUAGCCAAAAACAAAAAGCCAUACGAAAAUGAACUAAUAAUAAUACUAUAAUUUACAGAUAACUACCAAACGUUUAGAAUGCAAUAUUGUCAAAUAUGUAUUGACGUUAACUCUAAAUAAAUCACAAAAUGAAGUUCCGGGUACUAAAGAAAUAAUAUCAAGUUCAAAAAGUUUUCAUCGUAUAGAUGACCUCUAUCCUGGCUACCCAUAUAACAUAAAAAUGAAUCCUGAAACGUCUAUGGGCUCUUUACAACCUUCACCAACAUAUUCGUUUACUCUCCCGAUAACAGGUGAUUAUUUAAGUUUAUUAUGCUAUCGGUAUAAUUAUACUGAUGUAUAAAAUUUUAUAGAUGAUGAUAUAAAAAUAAACAACAUUUUCACGACCACUGAAGGAGGAAAUAUUAAAGUAUCUUGGCAAUUGGAAAACUCUUAUCAACAUGAAUCUAUUUAUGAACCAGUUACCUAUGUUGUUAGAUACAAAGUAAUUUAUUUAACUGGAUGCCUACCUAGUUGAACCCAAAAUUGAAAUAACAUUAUUUAUUAGUUAUUAUAUUAUAAACGAAAUUACAUUAUUACAGAUUAAUCGAAUCCUUAGUUGUUGUUUGAAACCAAUAAAACAAAACUGGACAUCUGUUACGGUUUUCAAUCGAACCGAAUUUGAAAUAACUAAUGCGAUACCUAAUUCUCAGUACAGUAUACAAGUCGGAGUCGCUGUUAAAAAAGACAUAAAUUCUGUAAAAUACGAAAAAAUGGUGUUUACAUUGACACCAGAAUCAUGUAAAAUUCUAUCCAAUUCAGAUUGUGUGUAAAUUUGUAAUGAUUAUUUAUUUAUGUUUUUCUUUUAGAUCCACUAAUAGAACCCGUUAUUGAUCCUUUUAAUCCACCACGUGUAACAAACAGUUCGGUAUUCGUUAAAUGGAGAAUCAAUCACAGCGACUUUAAUUCUAGCGAUAACUGCAUAAAAUUGAACGGGUUUAUUUCGAAUUUCUACGUCGAAUUACUGGUAAAAAUCCAAGUUAAAUUAAUUUUUUAUUAAUUUAUGAAAAAAGGAAAUAUUUAUUUUUAUUUUUCUGUAGGAUACGAAGGAUAACCUAUUACAAAUAAGAGAAACUAAAGAAAACCAUAUUCUUUUCGACGAUCUAAAUUUAAAUUCUUCAUAUGAACUGAAAGUAUUCAUACAAACAAACGUUGGUUAUAAUCCUGAACAUUUUCUAUUUAUAAAAGUCAAUAGUGAGUUCAAAAGGAGUUUUUAUUUUUCUAAAUAUCUUAUUAAUAUCUUAUUAUAGUUAUAUAUGUUACUGUUAACUUAAUUAUUUUUUUUGUAAAUAUAUACAUAUUUACAUAAUAAUUAGUUAUUUUAUAUUCAAAUGUUUGGUUAGCAUAAUAAAUUGCUUAAAAUUUCGUAAAAUUCACUAUAUCAACUAAUGACUAUAUAAACUAACCAAAAACUCUGAUAAACGUUAUAAAUAUAUAAUUCUAACCAAUUAUAAUUUAUAGAUAGUUGUCAGUAUUAUUUGGUCAGUAUGAUAAGGUUAGGUAGAUUAGGUUCAGUGAACGGAAAAUGUUGAUCUUAAAAGUGUGUGACUUCAUGAUUAUUAGUAGACACUAUUGUAAACUUAAAAUCUGAAGAAGAACUUAAAUCUUACGGCAGAGAAUGCAAGUGAUACACACAAUGAAAAAGUGGUUCAAAAUCAGAGGGAUUAGACAUUCUAAUUCCUGAGUUCGACAGAGUAAAGUGUGACUCCAGAAAUACAAGUAUUCUCGUAUUCUUGGAAUUAUUUUAGAAGUAGAUGAGGAAAAAGACUUGUAUAAGAUUGGUACCAAAGAAGGACUUUUGGCACAAACAUAUUCCAGAAACCAAUAAAAUAUUUGUCAAUAAAAGUUCAUAUGUAAAGAGGAUAUUCCUGAUGUAACGGUGUCGUAAAAAAAAUUAAAUUUUAUACGACUCGAAAUUUCAUUAUAGUUUAUCUGUUCUAAUAAAUAAUUAAUAAUAAUAUAAUACAUUUAUUUAACUUAUUUUAUUCUAUUAACAAUUUUCAGAGUUUUGUCAGUAGCAAUUAAAUACACCAACCUAAUUUGAUUGGUUGAUUUGUAUAAUAAACAAUUACAGUGUUGAAUUACAUGAAAUGUAUCAAAUUAUGUAUAAGAAUUAGAUAUUAUGUAAAAUAACUAGUUAAUCUGAUAAUAUGCACAUCUUUCUUAGUUUCGGCCCUUUAAGACCAUACUGCUUAACACAAACUUUGCCCCCUGUCCCUGACUUCGCUGCUUCUCUCCAUCUGGUAUGAGGUUUUAUUAUUUUAAUGACUUUCUUCACGAAAUCUUCCCAUCUUAGUUUAGGUCUACUUAGCGGUCUUUUCCCUAUAGGGUCUUCUUCAAUGACUUACCUAACACUCUUUUUACGCCACGCAUGAUCUGCCCACCUUAGUCUUUGUUUGGCAAUCUCUCUAACUAUAUUCAGCUUCUGAAUAAGUAUUUGGAGUUUAUCAUCAUGUAGUUUUCUCCAUUCAUUAGACUUUCCGUAGAACUUUUCUUUCAAAUAUCAUUUGUCAUUGAUUCUUCCGUUUUUCUCAGUGCCCACAUUUCCGAACCGUAUAGAACAAUUUUAUUGAUCUUAUUAGUGUCAUAAAUAUUUUAAUUUUUAGGUUUCCAGAUAAAGUCUUCGAUUUCAGGACUUUUUCUGACCCAUAAUGAUAAAAUUCUUUAUUCGAUUUUUGUAUCCUUGAUGACACUUCUGUCUUAACCAUCGAUACCCUUGAUUAUAAUCGAUCCCAGAUUGUGAUACUUUUUUGAAACUGUGCACUCCUAUUUCAAUAUAUGUUCUUGUUCACAAUUCCUAUUUCUUCAUCUAGCCACUAGAUAAUGUGCACAUAGUAUUAUUAAAUUACCCAAGCAUUUUAGGUAUUUUGUAAUAUGUAUAUGUAAUAUACAUUCUACACACUUUAUCACAGUAAUUAACAGUAACAUAUAUAUUAUACAUGUAUAUAAAAUUACAUUUGAGGCUAGUAAAAUAUUAAAUGGUACUUACUACAUGAACGGUAUAGACUUACUUGUAGAUAGAUUAUAUAAUUCUCGUAUAUUGGACAUUGAUAGCCGAAUUGUUGGAUAUAUAUUUUUUAACAGUUUUCAUGUUGUAUUUAUUUACUUAUUUAUUUAUUAAAUCACCUUCAAAAAUACAUAAAUAAUUUCAUUACACAUAGAGAAUAAAUUGAACACAAUUUCUCAAUUCACACGAAAUUAAGGUGAUCCUGUUCCAAAAAGCAAGUAUGUAGAAGGGUACAACGAAAAAAAAAUUAUACGUUCAAGUUGUGAAUGAGUGAAUUAUAGAAACCAUAUUAAAUAUAUAAUAAUUAAUAAUUUAAUAAAACUAUAUGUUAUAAUAAUGUCUGUUUAAUUUUACACAGGUUAUUUAGAUUUGACGCCAAUAAAAAAUUUAAUGGUUUAUAAAAAAAGUCAAAAGUAUCGUAUGGUAGGACUUCGAUGGAGCUAUCUGAAUAAGAAUUCAUCUUUCGACGGAUUUUUAACCGAAUUAAAUGGAAACGAUUCUGAAAACACAGAUAGUGUGUCGAUUAUUCCCCCAGAAAAAUGUUCUGCUUGGCCAGAGUACUACUGUUAUACACUUUAUAAUUUGGACCCCAGUAUACAAUAUAAAUAUGCAGUAUGUAUUGAAUAUUAUAAAAUAAAAAUAUUUUAAUAAAAACCUUCUUGUUUUUUUGUAUUUCAUUAGAUUAAACCCAUGUAUUCGGGUAUUUCUGAAGGUUCGGAUGCGUCUUCAAUUUCUUUCAACUGCAUUGAUAAUAAUGGUAAUAAUUAAGUAAUAUUAAUAGUAGUAAGUAAUAAUUAUAGUAAUAAUUGUGAUUGUUAUCAAAAACUUAUUAAGUCUAUCUUAACUUGGUUUUCAUUUAUUAAAUAAUAUACCAAAAAUAAAAAACUGUAAACUUUGUGGUGUAGACGGUAAAUAUAAAUUGUACCCAACCAUGAAUAAUCUUUCAAGCCAAUGAAGAGUAAUAUUUUUAUAAGCAUUGCGCGUGGACUUAUUUUAAAAUAUUACCUCACUAAAAAGUAUAGCAUUUUAAAUAUUUCCUUUUUUAAAUAACUACAAAUACCUAUUUGUCUAUUUUGUCAGUUUAUAUUUUACCAAAACAAUAAGAAAAUAUUGGUUUUUUAAAUUUUAUCAUGAGCUUUCAAACUAAAUUUUACUUGAAUGCAAUAGUUUAAGUUUUAUCUACGAAGCAUAAUUUUGCUUUUAUAGUAGCACAGAUUAUAAUAUGCGAUCGUAACAAAAUUAUCACUCACUAGUUUAUUAUUAUUCUAUUAGUGCCCGGAGCUCCAACAAAUUUACGCAGUGUUGAUAUUGGGAAAACCUAUGUGACCCUCCAGUGGGAUAUCCCAUGGGUAUUCAAUGGUAUAUUGGCAAUGUUUGCUAUAGACGGAAAGGAAAUACCAGCUGAGCAUAUGGACACGAUUAAUCCUCAAAUAAUUGAUGUAAUAAAAGUUCCAUUUAAAAACGAAGUUCCUUCUUAUAAUUAUAACGUUAGUAAAAUGCAUUUUUGCUUUUUCAAUUAAUAAAACCGAAUAUUCUUGACUGAUGGUUAAUAUAAUAUUUGUAUACAGCUUACAGGACUAAAACCAGGUUCAACUUAUUCAAUCGGAGUGUUUUCUGUUAUCACAUCUGAAAUUCGACUUAGCUCUGCAGCUAAAGUGAUAAUAACAACGAACAGCGUAUUAUAAGAAUUUGGAUACUGAUGACAUAAGUAGUUAUUAAAAAUAAUUAUUUUUAGUUGUUAUUGCAUUAUUGUAAUUUUAUUAACUCUAGUACGUCACAUGAUAUAUUUUAAUAAUUUUUUUUUCAUGUUUUGAACACACUAAUUAUACUGUAUUUUAUUAUAUUCUGUAUUUAAAAAUUUUAUCAGCUUUACCUUACGUAAUUAAUAUUAUUAUACUACAUCGU